AUGCGGCUGCUGCGGUGCCUGCGGAAGCGGGCGGCCCUGGCCGGGGUGCCCACCUACAUCGAGCACUUCAGCAAGUUCUCGCCCUCGCCGCUCUCCAUGAAGCAGUUCCUGGACUUCGGCUCCAGCAAUGCCUGCGAGAAGACCUCCUUCGCCUUCCUGCGGCAGGAGCUGCCCGUCCGCCUCUCCAACAUCAUGAAGGAGAUCAACCUGCUGCCCGACCGCGUCCUGCGCACCCCCUCCGUGCAGCUGGUGCAGAGCUGGUACGUGCAGAGCCUGCUGGACAUCAUGGAGUUCCACGACAGGGACCCCGAGGACCAGGCCACCCUGGGGCAGUUCACCGACGCCCUGGUCACCAUCCGCAACCGGCACAACGACGUGGUGCCCACCAUGGCGCAGGGCGUCAUCGAGUACAAGGACGCCUACGGGGACGACCCCGUGUCCAACCAGAACAUCCAGUACUUCCUCGACCGCUUCUACCUGAGCCGCAUCUCCAUCCGCAUGCUCAUCAACCAGCACACGCUGCUCUUUGACGGCAGCACCAACCCGGCGCACCCCAAGCACAUCGGGAGCAUCGACCCUCACUGCAGCGUGGCCAACGUGGUGAGAGAUGCCUACAACAUGGCCAAGCUGCUGUGCGACAAGUACUACAUGGCCUCGCCCGACCUCGAGAUCGAGGAGGUGAACGCGAGCAGCCCCCAGCAGCCCAUCAGCAUCGUCUACGUCCCCUCGCAUCUCUACCACAUGCUCUUCGAGCUCUUCAAGAACGCCAUGCGAGCCACCGUGGAGAGCCACGAGAACAGCCCGCGGCUACCGGCCAUCAGGGUGAUGGUGGCCCUGGGCCAGGAGGACCUCUCCAUCAAGAUGAGUGACCGCGGCAUGGGCGUCCCCCUGCGCAAGAUCGAGCGGCUCUUCAGCUACAUGUACUCCACCGCUCCCACCCCGCAGCUGGGCACCGGGGGGGCCCCCCUGGUAGGUGCCCCCCUGGCCGGCUUUGGCUACGGGCUGCCCAUCUCCCGCCUCUACGCCAAGUACUUCCAGGGGGACCUGCAGCUCUUCUCCAUGGAGGGCUUCGGCACCGACGCCGUCAUCUACCUAAAGGCUCUGUCCACGGACUCGGUGGAGCGGCUGCCGGUGUACAACAAGUCGGCGUGGCGGCACUACCAGGCCAGCCAGGAGGCCGGGGACUGGUGCGUGCCCAGCACCGAGCCCAAGAACACCUCCACCUACCGAGUGCCCUAGGCGGGGGGGGGGGCUCUGCUGGGACCCCCCCCAGCCUUGGUGGCACUUAGGUAUGGGGCUGGGGGUUGGCCACCCCCAGCACCCCCAUCCCAGGGAGGGCACAACCCCAUGGGGGCAGCGAGGGACUGCCCCCCACCCUCCCAGUAUGACCAGUAGCACUUUGCUGCCCCCCCCCCCCCAGCCAUUACAGGGUGGGGGGA